AUUUUAAUUUUCUGGAAGUGCCACCAUUUUGCUUAGAAGGUUUUAUGUCAUAUCAGCAACAUCAUAAGAUAAAUGGAAGGGGACAACGCCUCAUCUACUGACUUUACUUUGAUGGGGCUGUUCAACACGGAGGAAACCUCAGGUCUUGCAUUUGCCACCAUCUCCGUCAUCUUCCUCACUGCCCUGGUGGCCAACGGAGUUAUGAUCUUUCUGAUCCACACAGACCCUCACCUCCACACCCCUAUGUACUUCCUCCUCAGUCACUUGUCCUUCAUCGACAUGAUGUACAUCUCCACCAUUGUGCCCAAGAUGCUGGUGGAUUACCUUCUAGGGCAAAGGACGAUUUCCUUUGUGGGGUGCACGGCUCAACACUUUCUCUACCUCACCCUCGUUGGCGCCGAGUUCUUCCUGCUGGGCCUCAUGGCUUAUGAUCGUUAUGUGGCCAUCUGCCAUCCUCUCCGGUACCCUGUCCUCAUGAGCCGCCGGGUCUGCUGGGUCAUCCUGGCGGGCUCCUGGAUUGGGGGGUCUUUGGACGGCUUCCUCCUCACGCCCAUCACCAUGAGUUUCCCUUUCUGCAGAUCGCGCGAGAUCCGCCACUUCUUCUGCGAGGCGCCCGCGGUGCUGAGGCUGGCGUGCGCAGACACCGCGCUCUACGAGACGGUGAUGUAUGCGUGCUGCGUCCUGAUGCUGCUGAUCCCCUUCUCCGUGGUCCUCUCGUCCUACGCGCGGAUCCUGGCCGCUGUCCACCGCAUGAGCUCCGUGGAAGGGAGGAAGAAAGCCUUCGCCACCUGCUCCUCUCACAUGACGGUGGUCACCUUGUUUUACGGGGCCGCCAUCUACACCUACAUGGUUCCGCAGGCUCACCACUCCCCAUCCCAAGACAAAGUCUUCUCCGUGUUCUACACCAUCCUCACACCCAUGCUGAACCCCCUCAUCUACAGCCUGAGGAACAGGGACGUGACCGGAGCCCUGAGGCGGGCCCUGGGGAGGACGCUGAGUCCCCGGCUAGCGUCCUGA